UAGUGGAGCCGGAGCGGGGCGGAGCGGCGCUCCGGCACUUUUUCAAUCCAUGUUUUUCAAUUGCAAAUGUUCACAUUUAUAAAUACAUAUAUUUAAAAUAUUUUCGUGUUCGAAUUUUGUCUAAACACUUGUAGUAAGCAUUGCCUGCGGCUCUGUGCCAGCUGUGCGAAUUUGCGACAGACAGACAGCUAGCUAUACGUUUAAUAAAGACAAGCUGUCGGCUAAAACAUCAAGUAAUCUGAAAAACGAUGUCACCACAAUAAGCAGCACAGUUGCUGCUUUUGAUUGGUCCAUUAUUAUGCCAUUAAAAUAUGCUGUCAUUCCAGUUUUUUUUUUUAGCAAAUCAAUUUUGAAAGUGAUGUUGCUGACAACCAAUCAGAGAAGGAGGCGGUUCGUUCCUUGGCCGUAACUGAGGUGAUGAUAUUAGUAACGGUAUUAAUAAUAAUAAAAAACAACUCGCAAAUCAAAAAUGUCUGGUCUCGGAGGUAGUAAACGAACUCGUCAAGAGACUUUGAUACAAUAUUUUGGCAAUAGUAGUAAAAAACAGAAGAUCGUUUGUUGUACGGCAGAAGCAGAACCUACAGUGGAACCAGAACCUACAGCAGUUGAAGAAAAAAGCGCGGAGAAACAGCCAUGGCCAAACAUCUGGAGUUCUGAGGUAUGGGAAGAAAAGAAACAACUUUACACUUUCCUUGACUGUGCGGAUGGUAAUCUGGGCUGUCGUGUUUGUAGACGUGUUUCUGCGCUGUCAGUUUUGAAAAGUCAGGGUGUUUCUCUGUCUUCUGAGUGGAAAAAUUACAGUGUUGGGUACAAUGGAAAAACUCGAGAGCAACAGCUACGAUCUUUGAGAAAAAAGAUAGCUGAACACAAGAAAUCCAGCGCUCAUAACAAGGCCACUGCAUUGUUACAGCAGAACACAGAGGACAUUAUUGGGAAAUGUGUUGACAGUGCAAAAAGGCGAGAUCACGAAACUACCUGUAAAAUAUUUUCUACUGCUUACUACCUUGCAAAACAAAAUCGACCCUAUUCUGAUCAUCAGGCCUUACUGGAACUGCAAGAAAUAAAUGGUGUUAAUGUGGGAACUGGUCUUCAUUCCAGAUACAGCGCCACUCAAAUUAUCAACCACGUUUCUGAUGAAAUGGUCAAAAAGGCCUGUGAGAGAAUAAUACACAUCGAUGGAAAAAUUGCUGUGUUAAUUGAUGAAUCAACAGCUCUGAAUGGUUCCCCAGCACUUAUUGUGCAUCUCAAAUGCGAGACAGACAAGACACGUGACCCUCACUUCAUGUUUUUGGAGUUAGUUGAACUUUUUGAUCAGUCAGCUGAGUCCAUAGUGUUAGCGCUUACUAAGUGUCUUCAAAAACACGGGUUUGACCAUGCAUACUUACAGAAGAAUCUUGUUGCAUUUGCAAGUGACGGUGCAAGUGUAAUGCUUGGGAAAAAAUCUGGUGUGGCAAAACGAAUUUCAGACAUGUACCCCAACAUUGUUGUCUGGCACUGUCUAAAUCACAGACUCGAACUUGCAGUUGCCGAUAGUGUUUCUGAGACUACUGGCAUGAACCAUUUUCAUUCUUUCAUGGACAAGCUAUACUCAGUCUACAGUAGAUCAGCACUAAAUCAGCAAGAACUCCGAAAUUGUGCGAAGGAACUGGAUGCUGUCUUGAGGAAAAUUGGUCGUGUACUGGAUGUGAGAUGGGUUUCCAGUUCGUUCAGGACUGUCUCCGCUGUGUGGGAAAGUUUUGAAGUUCUGUCGACUCAUUUUAAAGCUGCCGUAAGCUCUAAGCGGACUUCUGCUGAAAGAGCGACAUACAGCGGUCUACUGAAAAGGCUGUGCUCGCCAGAAUUUCUCAUUGACCUCGGAGUUAUGUACGAUGCCUUAUACGAACUUUCACUGCUGUCAGAGAUUCUCCAGAAACGGACUACUACAUUGGUUUAUGCAGAUAAAAUGGCACGUAGAACAGUAAGGAUUUUUGAAUCCAUGAAUGAGAAUGUAGGUACAAAGACUCUUGAAGCGCAGAUAGCUGCCAUGGAAGGAACAUUUAAAUCUACAGUGCUGACGUCGAAUCCCAAACAUGUAAAAAUAAAUCAUAAACAAUUCCUUACCAAACUCGCCAAUCAUAUGAAAGAACGACUUUUUACAACCACUGCAUCAAAUGAGAAGGCUUCUUCCGAGGUGAAUUGCCAAAAAUAUGAAAGUCUUCUUUCUGAGCUCUUGGUCCUGGAUCCACACCACUGGCCUGCAGAACUACCCCAGGGUUAUGGCGAAAAUGAAGUUGAAAGAUUGUGUCGGCGCUUUCAGCUAAAUGAACGUAUUAUCAAAAAUGCAUUUCGAGAUUUUAAGGAGAACAACGGAAGAAUUCCAGAUGAUUUAGCUCCACUUAUUAACUGCACACGUGUGAUCCCGUGCAGUACUGCUGAAUGUGAAAGGGGAUUCAGCCAAAUGAACUUAAUUAUAACUGAUCAGCGUUCCAAAAUUUUAAUCAAACAUGCUUCAGCCUUAAUGUUUAUCAAGCUUCAUGGACCCCCUUUGAGACAGUGGAAUCCAAGCCCUUAUGUGACCACUUGGUUGCGACACAAUCAUCGAUCCGCAGAUGACAGCCGUACACGGGUGGCAGCUCCAAUUUCCAGCGACUCCCCUGACGCUCUGUGGCAGUUCCUAUAGUUGACUAAAAACAACCUGUGAUUGGUAAGUGCAACUUUUAAUUUUCUAUAGAGAGGGGAGAUUUUACAGAAAUUUGUUAAGUAAAAUAUGUGUUAUAUUAUUAUUAAAAAAACCCCGAUUAAAUCGCGUUAAAUGGAAAGUGGGCGUAACUGUUAAUACCUCGUUAACUAUUUAAUUGAUUCUCAUUGGGACCGCUCCGCUACUUUUUUUUUUACCACUACACCACUGGCUAGCACCUCAUGAAGUAUUAACGGGACGCCCAAUGCGGAUGCUGAACACACCUUUUCCUCAAAAUAGGCUCACCCUAAUGGGAUGUGAGGAUGAAAUGGUAAAAUACUGUGCUGCUCUUAACAAUGUUCUGAAGUCUAUUUUUCCCAGGGUAAAAGCUGCCCUACCCGAACCGAAGGAAGGGGCGCUCCACAAGCUCCUGCCAGGGGACUGGGUGAUCAUCAAAGACCUCCGCCGGAAGCAUUGGCAUCAACAACUCUGGACAGGUCCGUUCCAGGUGCUCCUGACAACGCAGACAGCGGUGAAAGUCGCUGAACGAUCAACGUGGGUCCACGCCAGCCAUUGCAGAAAAGUGCCCUAUAGCCCGAAGGGAGAUGUAUCGCCCCCUGGAACAACGUAGACGGCUCGGAUGGCCUUGGGACAGUCAGCUUUGGACCCCCAGAGUCCUGACUGUUAUUUUUCUUGGCAGCAUAUUAACUGUGUUUCUCAUCUGGCUCUUAACUGAACUUAAAGAUAAUAAAAAAGAGCCAGAUAUUACAAACCACAGCUACACUGAAAAUCGCACAGAACUCAGAACAAAAAGAACAUUGCACACAUGGAGUGCAGAACAUGAUCGAAAACAUGCGGACAAUGGUUGGUGGGCAAUGCUCAACCAUACUGUACGGAACACUUUGAACAUUACUGACACUGGUUUAUAUAUGGCGUAGUGUUAUUGUUGUUGUUUUUGCUUAUCAUAACCUGCGUGAAAAAGUUAUGUACUAAAACUGUUGACACUGUUUUAAACAUGCCCCUGCUUACUAAUGAUGACCAGUGUAAUGAUUCAAAUGAUGACCCUUUCAACAAAAUGGCAGAUGACCUGAUGAGUUAAGAUAGUGGGGAAAAUCUGCAAGCAGGAUACGUUGGGUCGUCACUUUAUUCAUAUUACACUACAUGUUAAACUUUGUAAAUCUCGCUUUAACUUGUACUAUUGUGUGUGUUUGAAUCCAUUUUCUGAAUAAGGUUGAGACAAA